AUGAUGGUUGUAGCUGCUCAAAGGUUGCUAGCUUUCAUCAUAUGUAUAUGGCUAUUCACAAUUCAGGCUCGCCAUGUAGCUCAUGGCAGAGAAAUCAUCUUCAAGGGAAGUGGGGAACAAGUACAACUCCAACAGUACCAUGCCCGUGUUCUUGGAGAUGUUGUUGUUACACACCAAGGGAUGAAUACCAAGAAGAAGGGAUCGGAAGGGUUCGAGAAGGGUUACGACGCGAAUCGAUCGAGCAAACGGAGGGUUCGAAGAGGGUCUGAUCCUAUACAUAACAAGACAUGA